UGGCACCAAUCGAAAAAGUGUUUGCAUCCGCGUCCGUGACCGUAAACCAUUGUAGCUGGCUGCGAAAUCGGUUGUAUCUGCAUUGGCAUUCGCCACCGGGAAGCACUCCACCGUGUCCGCAAUAAUCGAGCAAGUGAACACCGUCGUCCGAACGCUAUCCGAGAGUGUGCGCCGAUACGCGGUCGGUGGCCGUCGCACAGUUGGAAUGUCCGAGGAGCGCCCUGCCAUCGCUGCGACGCCUGCCCCUCCGCAUCAUGCGUCCAUGUUGCAGUGCAUCGGUGGUGGAAGUGUCGAUACGGACGGCGACCACACGGGGACGCUGGUAACGGCCGCAGCAGCUGCCACUGCGGCUGCCGUUGCGGCCGCCUCGUCCACCGUACCGGCCGCCGCUUCCGCCAUCGCAGGCGCAUCCAUCGCCCUGACAGAGCCUGCGUCGGAUCCGACCAUUACACCGCUGGGUCCAUCGCCACCGGGCUCGAUUGUGAACGGUAUCGCUGGGCCCGAUCCGGCCGGAUUGCCCGAAUUUCUGCCGCUAGAUGAUAACGAAGACGAUGGGGACGAGUCGAUUAGCAUCGAGCGGAUACGCCAGUAUCUGUCCGACAAGCUUGGUUUCUACACGGCUGAUCGGUUCGACAACAAGGACGGAUCCGGUGGCGCCGCAAGUCGGAGCGUGUUAGAAACAGUCGAUAUCGACGGUGUGUUGAAACAUUGGAAAAAUGGAGGCUUUAAAAAGAUCGUCACCAUGGUCGGUGCCGGAAUAUCAACCUCCGCCGGUAUACCGGACUUUCGCUCUCCGGAUACGGGACUGUACAACAACUUGAUGAAGUACAAUCUGCCGUACCCGCAGGCCAUAUUUGAGCUGGAAUAUCUUUACCAAAAUCCGAAACCAUUCUUUACACUGGCCAAGGAACUGUAUCCCGGCACGUUCAAACCAACACCGUCACACUAUUUCGUCCGGCUGCUUGAACAGAAAGGUUUGUUGGUGCGCCACUAUACACAAAACAUCGACACGUUGGAACGCAUCGCCGGCAUUAGCGAGGAAAAGAUCGUCGAAGCACACGGAACGUUCUACACCAACCACUGUCUCCAGUGCAAGACGGCCUACAGUUUGGAGUUCGUGAAGGAGAUAAUAUUCACCGACGAAGUACCAACCUGCCCUUGCGGUGGCGUCAUCAAACCGGACAUAGUGUUUUUCGGCGAAGGUUUACCGGAGCGGUUUCACAUGCUGCCCCACCAGGACUUUGCCGAUUGUGAUCUUCUUAUUAUAAUGGGAACGUCCCUUACCGUGCAACCGUUUGCUUCCCUGGUGGAGUACGCCAAUGAUGAUUGUGUCCGGUUGUUAAUUAACCGGGACAAGGUCGGGUGCAGUAAUUUCGGGUUCCUGCGCUCAAUGAUGUUCGGCGAAGGGUUGUGCUUCGAUCUGCCCGGCAAUAGGCGUGACGUUGCCUGGACGGGCAACUGCGACGACGGGUGUUUCUUUUUAGCCGACCAACUUGGCUGGGGUGAUGAAUUGCGGAAGUUGGUCGAAACGGAACACGCAAAGAUUAAACCGAUUCGACCACUGGCAACGAACCCGGUCGUUCCAAUCGUAGAUGGAACGGAUGCAGUUGUUGAUAUGGAACCAACACCGAUCGUGGACGUCCACCAUCAGCAACCCCACACGAUCCUAAACGAUGAUCAUUGUCUGGUGGACGAUAGCGAAUGUCUGCUGCCAGAGGAUGAACACUUUAACGAUAUUGCCGAUGGUCUUUCAGCACAGGGCGGCGGUCCGGUGUGUGCUGGUGGCGGCGAGGAAAGUGUCCAGGCAAUGGCUACCGAUCCGCAUCACGAUCCACACGAUGAACCGUCUGUUCAUGAGCAUCUGCAGCAUAAUCAUCAUCAUCAUCAUCACCAUCACCCUCUUUCUCAUGAACCGCAGCACGAGAAAAUGGACGAGCAUCAUGACGACGAGGAGGUAGUGGUAGAGCAGCAUCCGAAGACGACCUUGUCGUUGGAAGACAAAACUUAAGACUCCAACACAACACACCACACAAAUGGGUAAGAACAAUUUAAUCGAUUGCAUAAAAAUAUGUUUAAACAAAGCCAGAAAAGUUACGACGCGACGGCGGGACGCUUCCACAAUUUUACCACAGAGCGAAGCAGGUGUACACGGUUAAAAAAACAGAACGAAUCCCUCUUUUAACUAAUUCCAAUUCCGAUUAUAUACUAGUUAAGUUAAUCACAAUCACCUCGACCUUGGCUGCACACCUCCUCAGAGCUAUUUUAUUAUAAAAAAACAGACACACAAAGUUGCACAAACACAAGUCUCUUCUUUUAAUUGCUUGCUUGUACGCCGGACUGUUUUCUUUCUACUACUUAUGUCCCUUCGCACUGACGGACAGGGCUGUAUUGGAAAUAGUGAAUUGUGGAAGAAAGAGAGAGAGAAAGAUACAGAAGGAAUAUCGAUUAAUUUUAGACAAGAACAGUCGUUACUUUUCAAGAAAUCCGUAAGACAUCGAUCUCCGGGAACGCAACUUGUAUAGUGAUAAGUUGGACAUGAACCAAACUCUUUUUCCCGAUUGUUCAUCUCAACGGUGCAAUUAUCAAAACAUUGUGGAUGUAAGGGACGAUCAUCUCGCAACAACAUGUGUCCCAUUCAUUUUCACGAUCAACGAUCGUACCCAUAUGUUUGCAGAAGAUGCAACAGAAAAAGCUUCUUCAAUGUGUGUAAUUAUUGUUUCCAUGAUCUUCUUCCCAGUGGAAGUGGCUUUGAAAGAAUCGCAAAACAAACGACACAACAAAUAAUAAGAAAUUAACGGAAAUUAACAUUCACAAACACACAAACAAACAAACAAACAAAAUCGAUAAGUUGAAUAGUGUAGGAAUAAUAUAUUUUUAACUUUCGCAUCCUAGCAGAAUGAGCAAACACUAGCAAGAUAGUUGGAUUUCGGCGCCGUUGGCUUGCAAACAUGAGGGGUCACUCAGGACGUUAGUGCUGUUGCAGGUUUGGUAUUCUACAACAGUUAUGGUGUGCAAAAAUUACCACCAUAAUCGCUAUUCGCUAACGAAUGAUAAGCCAAACAGCGAAAGAAUAUAAAAUGCAUUAUAUUGCAUAAUUUCUGCUAGAAAAAAAGAAACAAAAGUGCGAUCCGUGGUGAGGAUCGACCACAAGACCAGAGCGAAGGGACGGUGCAAACAAACUAAAGCUGUGCGGAGUCGGAAAGGAGAAACAAACAUUACACGGAGAACAUUGUACAGUCAUUGCCCGAGUUACGCGAAUAUUACGUGCCGGAGAAACUGGCGCUACUCAAGUUUCCGCAUAAAUCAAAUUUUGGAUUAAGUACAAUGGGAUUGAAUACUAAUUUUCCCCCACUUUAUCAUUUACUUUAACCUCUUUU